CACUUCCUGAAUACAACCCUUUGCCUGAACACGGAAUACUAGAGCCAAAGGCAGAAAAAAAAAACUUUAUAAGUCAAACCCAAAAAGAGAAGAGUGCUGCUCAUUUAGGUGAACUCCCAGUGUUGGCGAUUAAUUGUAUCCUUGAAGACUUAUAAACAAUGCCUCCACCUCGUGUGAACAAACCGCCCCGGAAUGAACCCACCACGAAAGAUGAAAUGGGCUCUCUCACAAAGCCUAUAAAGUUCUUGGAUCAGGACUAUCUGGAAUUGCUCAAGAACUGCUUCAUCAAUAAACAGAGAUAUGUUGAUGAGAAGUUCCCUCCAGACAGCAGCUCCAUUGAUCCACAGAUGACGCUUAAAUUAAAACAUGACCAAGUCAAGUGGUUGAGGCCAUCGGAAAUAGUGGCAGACCCUCAGCUCAUUGUAGAGGGGGUGUCCAGGUUUGACUAUUCCCAAGGAUCCGUAGGGAACUGCUGGUUUCUUGCCUCAGUUGGGGCUUUAACCUUUCAGAGGGACAUCAUGGACCAGGUCAUGCCAACGGACCAGUCAUUCAGUAAGGAUUAUGCAGGGAUAUUUCACUUCAAAUUCUGGCGGUUUGGGAAAUGGAUUGAUGUUGUAAUUGAUGACCAACUGCCAACAAUCAAACGCAAGCUCAUUUUUGUGCAUUCAAAAACAUCAAAUGAGUUUUGGCCUGCCUUGCUGGAGAAAGCUUAUGCAAAGGUGUGCGGCUCCUAUGCUGACAUGAAAUCUGGACGUGUAUCUGAGGCCCUGAAGGACUUCACUGGUGGGGUGCACAUAUACUAUAAACUGAAAAAAGCUCCUGCUGAUUUGUGGAACCUAAUGGACCGUGCAGUCAAUGCAAAGGCCCUGAUGGGCUGCAGCACUCUUCCUGGGGAAACAUCUGAACACACAUUACCUAAUGGCAUUGUUCAGGGCCAUGCAUAUACAGUGACAGGGGUUUUCAAGGUAAUAAGUGAAGGAAACCCUGUUCAGCUGGUGAGAGUGUUAAACCCAUGGGGACGUGUAGAGUGGACAGGAGCCUGGAGCGACAAAUCACCCUUGUGGAAUACGGUGAGUGCAGAGGAACGCAAAACUUGCCAAUAUGAGGCCAAUGAUGGGGAAUUCUGGAUGUCUAUGGAAGAUUACACCACAAACUUUAGUGUCAUGGAUGUCUGUUGUCUCUGUCCUGAUUUUCUGGAUGCUUCUUCUAAAUGUCACUGGACCUCCAAAUACGAUAUUCGCCACUGGAUUGCUGGGUCUACAGCUGGUGGCAACAAUAGCAAUAUUGAAACUUUCUGGACUAACCCUCAAUUUCGGUUGAGGAUUGAGGAGCUUGAUAAGGACUGUGCAAGUGGGAAGUGCCCUGAAAACAUACUGGUGUCCCUCAUGCAAAACCGUGAGAUCAGACACAGAAAAGAACUUCCCAAAUUUUCAAUAGGCUUCUAUGUUUAUGAGAUUCCAUCUGAGAUGAAAGGUGUAAGUGGAAAGUUCUCAUCCAAGUUUUUCAAUGACAGAAAACCUAUUGCAAAGACUGAGAAACUCAAAGAUUCGAGAGACGUGUUCAAAUUCUUUAGGCUGGAGCCAGGAGAGUACUUAAUUGUACCCUGCACGUUGAAUCCUGGUGAAACUGGCUCCUUUGUCCUGUCUAUUUUUUCAAAGCAUGAGACACACUUGGAAAAUAUUCCAGAGACUCCCAAAAAAUAAUGAUGUUUCUUGAUGAGAGUGACGCAAUUUCCUUUUUCCUGCAAUGCAACACAAAUGGGAGUUAAAAUGAAAUUUUGUUGUUGUUUAAACUUUUGUUUUUAUACAUUUGAAAUGUUUGUGUUAUCUUUAUAGCAUUUAUUUUAGCAGUUAUUAGCAUAAAGGGUCCUCUAGGUAAGGUGGUUGAUUAACUGUUAUAUAGCUAAUCUUAUUUACAGUAAUAGUUUGGAUUUAGGGUCACAUGUGUCAUAUUAUUAGAUGGCUUAGUUUGUUAGUUAGUUUGUAGAAAAAAAAAAAAAAAACAACAACAUCCAUACAUUGAUUCCACAAUGAUAUUUACUGAUUGCUGUAGAAUGACUAUCAUGCAAAUAAAACACAAUGGAAAAUUAAAAGCUUUCAUACAUAUGUA